AUGGGCGCCGGCGCGUUGGCCGGCUUCACCAUCGACUUCCAGGUCAAGGCGACGAACGUGAACAACUUCCUCGGCGCCAACUGGUUCGACAUCUGGAAGCUCAUCGACACGGAGGACAAGGGCUUCGUCAAGACCGAGGUCGUGCGGGACUUCAUCGCGGCCAACGCGGGCAAGUUCACGAGCCCCGAGUUCCCCACGGGCUUCUUCGCGCCCAUCCUCGGCGCCGACGGGAAGAUCAAGCACAAGGUCUACCUCCGCGCCUUCCUCCACACGACGCUCCGCGACGGCGGCCACCAGAACACGAACGUCUACGACUACGAGUUCCGGCGGCUCUGCCGCUACCUCUUCCUCAUGAACGAGCUCAGCGUGCUCUGCGGCGAGACGGAGGCCGAGGAGAAGACGCUCAACAAGGCCGACUUCGUGUCCUCCACGCGCGCGGUCUUCGCGGACAUCGACGACGCGACGCUCGACCGCGCCUUCGCGAACAUCGACGACCUGGGGGGCAACAAGUGGAAGAACGACCUCAUCUGCUUCGACGAGUUCUGCCACUACAUCUUCUGCAACCGCGCGCUCGAGGACGAGAACCUUCGCGACGAGUACGAGCGGCGCGGCGUCUGGACGUCGGACGACCGCCCGGCGCUCGAGCCGCUCAACGCGGUCUGCGAGGCCUUCAUGGCCGGCAAAGACCCGGAGCAGCGCUGGCCCGCGCCCGACGCCGGCUUCUGGCCGGCGCUCCCCCCGGCGGUGCCCCGCGCGACGGGCCCGACGGCGGUCCUGGCGCGCAUUCCGCUCGCCGACUACGAGGCGGCGGGCGUCGUCGAGGCGCACGCCGUCGCGUCCAAGCUUCUGCCCGACGUUCUCGGCACGACGCCGGAGGCCGAGCCCUGGGUCGCGGCCGCGGCCUUCGUCCUCUGCGCCGGCGGCGAGAGCCCCGUGCAGACGCUCGCGGCGCUCGCCGCCGUCGAGCACGCGCUCGGCGACUCGCGCGCCGCGUCCACGGUCGCGUCCAUGGUCGCGCGCGAGUUCGGCGCCAAGCUGCUCGCGAAGCUCGUCGAGGGCCAGUGGGACCGCGCGAUCUUCCACCGCCACGCGGUCUGGCGCGGGGUCCUGGUGCAAAACAUCGGGCGGGCGCUCGACUGGAUGAGGCUCGUCGGCGACCAGUUCCGGCGGCCGCGGCCCGCCGCGCCGGACGCGCCGCGCGCGCUCACGGCCGAGCAGGAGGCCUACGCCGCGGAGCCCCUGGAUCCGGCGAACAACGACGUGAUCCUCGUGAAGGCCUACGCCGGCACGGGAAAGUCGCACUCGACGCUGGAAUUCGUCGCGCGGCGGCACGGCCCGGAGUCGCCCGUCCUCGUCGCCUACUUCAACGCGGCGAUGGCCGCCGAGAUGCGUCUGAAAUUGACCGCGACGAUCCCCGGCGGCGCCUGGGAGUGCGCGACGCUCGACGCGCUCGUCCAGCGCGAGUUCCUCCGCCAGGUCCCGAGCCUCGCGGCGCGCAAGUUCCACGACGCCUCCAAGUCCGGCCCGGCCAUCACGAGCCAGGCGGUGCGGCGGUGCGUGGGAAUCAGCGACGGCGCGUAUUUCAGCGGAACCAUCGCGACGCAUACGAAGCGCGUCCUCGCGAUUUGGGUGAACUCCGACAAACGGCACUUCGGGGACGCCAUCAUCCCCUACAGCGUCAUUAAGUGGUGGCACGCGCGCAGCAAGGCCAUGCCGCCCUUCCUCGAGCUCGCGCAGAAGCUCUGGCGCGGAAUCUUGUCGCUCGCGGAGUCGAACGACGACCUGAAGCUUUCUUUCGGCGAGGUCGCCAAGUGCUUCGCGCUCCGCCCCUACGUCGACGAGCCGGACGUCCAGUGGAUGCUCGCGGGCCGCGGCGACUGCGUCCUCCGGCGGCUUUCGCCCUUCGAGGGCGCGCGGGGCUACGCCUACGUCGUCAUCGACGAGGCCCAGGAUCUGAACCCGCCCCACUUCGAGCUUUUCGUCUCGGCGCCGCGCCGCAACGGCGACCGCGUCGCGCACGCCAUCGUCGGCGACCCGUACCAGUCGCUCUACGCGUGGCGCGGCGCGAGGAACGCGCUCAAGUCGGCGGCGCCCCUGGCGACGACGACGGUCUCGCUGACGAAGUCCUUCCGAUUCGGCCCCGCGGUCGCCUGCCUCGCGACGGCGGUGCUGCAGGAGUGCGAGGCGCGCCCCGAGGGCAGCCCCAAGCCCCCGCCGCUCGAAGGCGUCGGGCCGGACAGCCGGCUCCACAUGCGCAACGACAUCGCGUGCCACGACUACACGCAGAGCCCGCUCGCCGUGCUCGCGCGGUCGAACAAGUCCGUGAUGGAGGAGGCCAACGCCUACGCGCUCCGCGCCGGCGACGACGCGGCGCCGUUCCUCUUCCUCCGCGGCCAGAACCUCGGAAAGCAGCGGAUGAUCGUCAACGUGCUCGUCGGCCUGCGCGACGACGAAGCGGCGGUGGCGACCUUCGGCGAGGACCGGGGCUCCUGGGAGCAUUUCCUGCGGCUCCACGCGGAGGAGGCGCUCGAAGACGCGGAGCUCGUCAAGGCCAUCGAGCUCGUCAAAUCGAACCAGCAGGCCGUCGCGAUCAUCGACCGCGUCCAGGCCGCGUCGGUCGCCGUCGCCGAGGACGCCCGCGUCGUCCUCGGGACGGUCCACUCCUUCAAGGGCUUGGAGGGCACCGCCGUGCGCCUCCUCGACGACAUCGUCCCGUCGUGCACCGAGCGCAUGGUCCCGCGGGGCCUCUCGAAUCCGGACCUGUGUCUCAUCUACACGGCGCUGACGCGCGCGCGCGACGAGCUGUACCUCAACAAGGGGCUGCGGAAGUUGUGGUUGACGCGGCGGCCCCCGCGGCCCGUGCUCCGCCUCGCGCCGCCGCCGCCCGCGCCCGCUCCGGACGACGACGACGACGAGCCUCUACCCGAGCUGCCGGGCUGGUGCGGCCUCUGUGGCAACGAUGUGCCCCUCGACGGUCUCGUGAUUCGAGGCUUCCGCGCCGCGCCGAGCCACACGACGACGGCCCUCGUCUGCGAGGCCUGCUCGAAGUGCCACGAUUUGCAGCUGCCGCUCCGCCUCCAGCGGCAGCCCGCCUUCGAAUUCAUCGCGGGCUGGAAGAUCCCCGUGCCGGACGUCGACGAGUCCUGA